AUGACUCCAGUGAAAUUUUUAGUAAUUGAUGAAGCUGCACAACUAAAAGAAUGUGAAUCUACGAUUCCGUUGCAGCUUCCUGGUCUUAGCCAUUGCAUUCUUAUAGGUGAUGAGAGACAGCUUCCUGCAUUGGUCAAAAGCAAGAUAGAUAACAAGUGUGAAUUCGGAAGAAGUAUGUUUGAGAGGCUUGUAAGAUUGGGAUACAAAAGGAAAAUGCUUAAUAUUCAGUAUAGAAUGCAUCCAUCUAUCAGCUUAUUCCCAUGCAAGGAGUUUUACGAUGAAAAACUUUCUAAUGCGGGCGUUGUCAGGCUUCCGUGGAAGUUAAAGGUUUGGAACCAGUCUUGGACACGAGAGAGGAUAGAACAGAUGAGGAUAAUGUCCCGAAACAUGCUGAAAACGAGGGUGACAUUAAGCCAUCAAUAG